CCAUUCCCGUGGUGCACCGUGAUAAUAAUAAUCCGCCACCUUUACUGCUCUCUGUUAAACAACCAAUUGUCCCACUAGCCACCGAUUUCGGUCCGCAAACAGUGCAAAACAUCGGCAAUCUCUGAUCGUCAGCUACAGGCAUGGAGCCGUUUACUUGUUUCAUGGUAAGCACGGACUCCGCGGUUCCGGCACAAUUGGACGUGGAAAACUCUCGAUCGUACAUCGAUGAGCUGUACUCGGAAGAAAACUGCAAAUGCCAGGAAGCGAUUGUGUGUCUCAAGAAUGCGGUUAUCGGAUCAAACAAGAAGAAAGGUUCCAUCAUCUCGCAAGGAAUUGUGCCGCGUUUGAUUGGGCUGCUGUGUAACGCCAACAAGCCGCUACAGCUGCGCAUCGAUGCCGGUAUCGUCCUCGGUUCGCUAGCCAAAGGCACCGAAUCGCAAGUGCACUCGCUGAUGCGCUUCAACACUGUCGAGGUGCUAAUAGCGAUCGUCUUUGAUCCCUGCACGGACGAACGGCUGAUGGAGACUUGUCUUGGAGCGCUACAGACGAUAGUUCAGUAUCCGUUCGCUCCAUUAGACCUCAUUCAUUCGGACAUCAACAACAUAAAGCGUUUGAUUCAAAUCGCUGCGCCAAAAAGUAGCUUCUCCUGUCAGGCGUACGUUGUAAACAUCUUUGUUCCCCUUUGUCACUCCUCCCAUCAGCAGAAGAAUUUGUGCCAGGCAGAAGUGAUACCAUUUCUUGCCCGCCUCAUGAUAUCGGACAACACGACGCUGCAAGUACCUGCCCUGAAAUGUUUGGCCGCUAUGUGCUUCACCAACAAGUCGGUCUCUAACGUUGUUCAUUCGACUUACCACGCCGAGCGAUCGAUUCUAGAUAUCCUGACAGCACUGCUCUCCCGAACACGAGAUGUACAAGUACAACUGUCCGCCAGUCGGUGUCUCACGUAUUUGCAUCGUUCCGGAGCACUGCCGGCCGAGGACUAUCGGAUCGUGUACAAAACUUUACCCUGCCUGGCACGGCUGUGUUCGGACGAGUUCGACGAGGACACGCGCGCAACGGCAGCGGAAACGCUAGCCUAUCUGGCGGAAAUUGACUCCGAACUUCAACGGUUGGCGGCCAUCAGUAACCAUUUGAUUGCGUCCUUGGCAAACCUGGUCAAAUGUCCCUCGGUCCUGUCCCGGCAAGGUGCGUUCCGAUGUUUCGCUUCACUUGCGGCAAACGACGAAGAAAUUCGAAAGCGCAUCAUAGAGAUGGAGGGGCUGAUGGAAGAGGUUCUUAGUGGUUUAAAAGACUGCUGCCCGGAGGUUCGAUUAUCAGCUGUUCGAUGUCUCCAUUCGCUCUCCCGUUCCGUGCAGUUACUUAGAACUACGUUUCAGGAUCAUUCUGUGUGGCGUCCACUGAUGAAUCUGUUGGUUGGCGAUCCUUCUCUGGAAUUACAAACCGUGGUCACGUCGACGAUUUGCAACCUACUACUAGAAUUCUCACCUGCCAAGGAACCUAUGCUCGAAUCCGGCGCAGUAGAAAUGCUGUGCGAACUUACCAAACAUGUCGAUCCUGCAUUAAGGUUAAACGGAAGCUGGGCUCUAAUGAACAUGGCUUUUCAGGCCGAACAGCAUGUUAAAACGAAAAUUAUCAACAAGCUAGGAAUGGAUAGAAUAUUUCAAUUGCUGGGCGAUCGUGACGAGCGUGUCAUAAUGAAAACACUCGGGUUGCUUCGAAAUUUGCUGAGCAAAACUCUUCAUAUCGAGACGAUCAUGUCGGAGCACUCGAGUGAAGUAUUGAGAGCGGUAAGCCUCGUCCUAGAUGAUCCACAUCCACCGGAGGUGAAGGAGCAAGCUUUAAUAAUCAUAAGUAACAUAACGGCUGGCGCCCGGGAAAAGGAUUACGUGUUGCAGGACGAAAAGAUUGUCAAAAAGAUUCGCGACUUUUUGGUCGCUAAUGACAAUAAAUUACAGAUGGGAGCUGUGUUUGUGGUACGAAAUCUGUUAGACAAAAGCAGUCGGCGGCAGAUACUGCGAAAGUGGGGCUUUCUAGACAAUCUCGAACAACUGCUACGCAUGACACCCCGUGACUCGCAGUUUUAUGAGGACAUACGGCAUGAAAUUUUAAGGUUUGACUACUCAGAAGACCAUUGAUUUUGUUACCGCUCGUUGUUGUUAGUUUUGUGUCCGUUCCUUCCUUCCUGUUUCGCAAAAUCCGUAAGUUCCGUCUUAUCUUUUUGUAUCCGUCAUCUUUCUUUCGUCAUCCCAUUCCAAACGAUCGUGCGAAGAAGAGGGCCUCGUUUUUCGGGAAACAAAUCUCUUACAGCAAGCACGUGCCGAUUUUACUCGACAGAAAAAUCAUCACCCAUGUAGUACGAAUCGCAUACUCAACUCACUCGCGCCAUACAAUGAAGCAGGUACGUUUGAUUAAACAUCAUGAACAAAUUGGUUGAUUAGGUUGAUUGGUUAUCGAGUAAGACAAAAAGACAGUUCAAAAUUGAGUCAACAAAAAACAAAACGAAGCAAAACGGCUACAGUUUACCGUGCUGAUUUUCGAUUCAAAAAAGCACCAACAGCACAGGCCAUUGAGGAAAAGAAAGAAGCAACUUAACUUAAACGGAGAUCAUAGGUCUCGCAUAACGAUACAGUGUCACCAGUGUUGCAGGGCGUUUGUUAAGUUUACUCUAAUUUUAUUAAUUUAUUUAGGAAACUAUAUGAGAUUAAAAAAAUCAGUGGACUUUGUCCCCCUACAGAGCAAGAUAUGGAGCAAGGAGGAAGGUGAGCUGAAAGAAUGAAGAAAAAACACGUCGAAAGCAUGCUUUACUGUACCAGUCAACUAUCGCGAAAUCUAUCUUCCGUCUAAUGUGAAUAUGUCUGCCCGUACCAAAGGUACCCAGGAAACUCUGAUUUCUAUAUAUCUGUACCAUCAACUGUAUAAAACUGAUAAAAUGCCGCAUUUUCAUCUGGACACGAACCAGCUUCCGUAACGAUACCCCGAGAUGAGACGAGUGUACGUGAUCGUUGUUUUGUUUUAUUGUUGUAGGGUGAUGAGUGUACGUGCCGAACAGUUUGGUCAGCAAUGUUGACCAAUCAUGUGCAUGUUGCGAUAGGAAAGAAGAAGGAAACACAUCAACAGACCAUAAUAAAAGAUGUAACAGUA